GUUCCACCAUAUUGGCCGAGCGACUGGGCCCAUCUACACCGAGCUCUCCCACUUCAGCCCCAAAUUCCCCCACGGUUCUCUGCAGCGGGGUUUCUGAUCCAAUCCUGAGUACGUAUGGCUCCGGUCUGCUCUGCAGCUCCAUCAGCGGCACAGCUCCAAACUCCCCGGUCAGCAUGCCGGAGUCACCCAUCUCCCCAUCUGGCUCAGGGAUCUGGGGGGACGAGUGCACCAUCUGCUACGAGAACAUGGUAGAUACCGUCAUUUACUCCUGUGGACACAUGUGUCUCUGCUACCCGUGUGGGCUGAAACUCAAGAAGAUGGCCAACGCCUGCUGCCCGAUCUGCAGACGGGCCAUCAAGGAUAUCAUCAAAACUUAUCGCAGCACUUAGAACAUCAGCACGGGUUGGGGGGGGGGGCAGACGUGAGAGGAGCGAGGGGUCUCUGUCUUCACUCAUCAUUUGUGA